AGGCCGGGCCGGGCCGGGCCGGGGGUGGGCGGAACGCGGAGAGCGGUGAGGGAAAGGCGAGGCCGGCAGGGAUCGGGGCUCCCGCCCCAGCAACCGGCGAGCGCUGCAGAGGGAGCCGCACUCUGAGCCCGACACCGCGGCAGCCGCUCCCCCUUCGCUCCCCGCCUCCCCCCGCCCUCGGAGCGAUGUCCCGGCGGAUCGGGCAGUGAGGCGGCGGCCGCCAAGGGACGCCCUGAGCGGGGAGAGGCGGGGGCACGGCGGGAAGCGCUCCGUCCCUCCCUUCCAGCUCUCUCCCCUCCCUCUCCCCGCGCCCGGGCGGAGCAGCGGCCGUUUUCCCUCGCCCUUCAUGCCCGGGCGGCGGCCACCGGCGGCGCUGCCCUCCGCUCCCGCCUCGCCGCCCCCGCCCUUCCCGGGCUCGCCGCCGCGCUAGGCCCGCCGGGCGGCCCCGCGCAGUGCCCUCCGCGGGCCCGGCACUAGGCGGGCCGGAGGAUGAGCCAGCAGCCGGCGGGGAAGAUGUCGGCGGCUCCCCUGGCGGCCGAGGCGCUGGAGCCGGCGGCGGGGAUGCUCGAGGGCCGCCAGAGGAAGCUGGAGUCCAUGAUCCGCGACCCGCGCUCCCCGGUCAACGUGGAGAGCCUGCUGGAUGGCUUGAAUUCUUUGGUCCUUGAUCUGGAUUAUCCAGCGCUGAGGAAGAACAAGAACAUUGAUAAUUUUUUAAAUAGAUAUGAGAAGAUUGUGGAAAAAAUCCGAGCUUUACAAAUGAAAGCUGAAGACUAUGAUGUUGUUAAGGUGAUUGGAAGAGGGGCUUUUGGAGAAGUGCAGCUGGUUCGCCAUAAAAUGACACAGAAGGUUUAUGCAAUGAAGCUCCUUAGUAAAUUUGAAAUGAUCAAGAGAUCAGAUUCAGCCUUUUUCUGGGAAGAGCGAGAUAUCAUGGCCUUUGCCAACAGCCCGUGGGUGGUUCAGCUAUUUUGUGCCUUUCAAGAUGACAAAUAUUUGUACAUGGUAAUGGAAUAUAUGCCAGGCGGAGAUCUUGUAAACCUUAUGAGCAAUUACGAUGUGCCUGAGAAAUGGGCCAAGUUCUACACAGCUGAAGUGGUUCUUGCUCUUGAUGCAAUUCACUCCAUGGGCUUGAUACACAGAGAUGUGAAGCCUGACAAUAUGCUUUUAGAUAAGUAUGGGCAUCUGAAGCUGGCAGAUUUUGGCACUUGCAUGAAAAUGGAUGAAACAGGAAUGGUGCGCUGCGACACAGCUGUGGGGACUCCCGACUACAUCUCGCCAGAAGUCCUGAAAUCGCAGGGGGGCGAUGGCUAUUACGGACGGGAAUGUGACUGGUGGUCUGUAGGGGUUUUCCUUUUUGAGAUGUUAGUUGGCGAUACUCCUUUUUAUGCAGACUCGCUAGUAGGAACAUACAGUAAAAUUAUGGAUCAUAAGAACUCAUUGCAUUUCCCUGAUGAUGUGGAAAUCUCUAAGCAUGCAAAGAACCUUAUCUGUGCCUUUUUAACUGAUAGGGAUGUGCGACUUGGGAGAAAUGGGGUUGAAGAAAUAAAGCACCACCCUUUCUUCAGAAGUGAUCAGUGGAACUGGGACAACAUUCGAGAGACUGCUGCUCCUGUUGUUCCUGAGCUUAGCAGUGAUAUAGAUAGCAGUAAUUUUGAUGACAUUGAGGACGACAAGGGAGACGUGGAGACCUUUCCGAUCCCCAAAGCCUUCGUGGGAAACCAGCUGCCUUUCAUAGGAUUUACCUAUUAUAGAGACAAUUUGUUGCUAAGUGACUCCUCUCAGUCUUGCAGAGAAAAUGAAUCUGUGCAAUCUAGUAAAAAUGAGUUUCAGAAAAAACUAAGCAAGCUAGAAGAACAGCUCAGUAAUGAAUUACAAGCCAAAGAUGAACUAGAACAGAAGUACAGGUCUACAAGUGUUCGUUUAGAGAAGAUAGCAAAAGAGCUCGAUGAAGAGAUAACUUCAAGGAAGAAUGUAGAGUCUGCAGUCAGGCAGUUAGAGAGAGAGAAAGCUCUUCUUCAGCAUAAGAAUACAGAAUACCAGAGGAAAGCAGAACAUGAAGCAGAUAAGAAACGCAAUUUGGAAAAUGAGGUUAACAGUUUGAAAGACCAACUCGAAGAUUUAAAAAAGAGGAAUCAGAACUCUCAAAUAUCAAAUGAAAAAAUUAAUCAACUACAAAGACAGUUGGAUGAAGCCAAUUCUUUGCUGCGGUCAGAGUCUGAUACUGCAGCCAGGUUAAGGAAGAACCAGACAGAAAGCACAAAGCAAAUCCAGCAGCUGGAAAUUAAUAAUAGAGAAUUACAAGAUAAGAACUGCCUGCUAGAGAAUGCAAAACUCAAACUGGAGAAGGAGUAUCUCAAUCUUCAGUCAGCUCUAGAAUCAGAAAGGAGAGAUCGAAGUCAUGGAUCAGAGAUUAUCAGCGAUUUACAAGGUCGAAUAUCUAGCCUUGAAGAAGAAGUGAAAAAUGGGAAGAGUGCAUUAGCCAAACUGGAAAUGGAGAAAAGACAAUUGCAAGAAAAGCUCACAGAUUUAGAAAAGGAAAAGAGCAACAUGGAAAUAGAUAUGACAUAUAAAUUUAAAGUUAUGCAGCAGAACCUUGAACAAGAAGAAGCUGAACAUAAAGCCACAAAAGCACGAUUAGCAGACAAAAAUAAGAUCUAUGAGUCUAUAGAGGAAGCAAAAUCUGAAGCCAUGAAAGAAAUGGAAAAGAAACUUUUGGAAGAGAGAGCUUUAAAGCAGAAAGUAGAGAAUCGGCUGUUGGAAGCUGAGAAGCAGCGCUCCAUGUUGGACUGUGAUCUCAAACAGUCGCAGCAGAAAAUAAAUGAGCUCCUUCGGCAAAAGGAUAUUCUGAGUGAAGAUGUAAAAAACUUGACAUUAAAAAUAGAGCAAGAAACACAAAAGCGCUGUCUCACUCAAAAUGACCUCAAGAUGCAAACACAGCAGGUCAACACCUUGAGAAUGUCGGAGAAGCAGCUAAAACAGGAGAACAACCACCUUCAGGAAAUCAAAUUAAGUCUGGAAAAACAAAACAAUGAACUCCGCAAGGAACGUCAAGAUGCAGAUGGACAAAUGAAAGAGCUUCAAGACCAGCUUGAAGCUGAGCAGUAUUUCUCAACUCUCUAUAAGACACAAGUUCGAGAACUUAAAGAAGAAUGUGAGGAAAAGACCAAAAUUUGUAAAGAAAUGCAGCAAAAGAUACAAGAGUUACAGGAUGAGAGAGAUUCCUUGGCUGCUCAGCUAGAGAUUACUUUGACAAAAGCAGAUUCGGAACAACUUGCCCGUUCCAUUGCUGAAGAACAGUACUCUGAUUUGGAAAAAGAGAAGAUUAUGAAAGAGCUGGAGAUUAAAGAGAUGAUGGCAAGGCAUAAACAGGAACUUACUGAGAAAGAUGCCACCAUAGCCUCAUUGGAGGAAGCAAAUAGGACACUAACUAGUGAUGUGGCCAACCUUGCUAAUGAGAAAGAAGAACUAAACAAUAAACUGAAGGAAGCACAAGAACAAAUUACAAAGCUAAAAGAAGAAGAAGCAAAUGUAGGAAAUAUUAAAGCACAAUUUGAGAAACAGUUGUUGAAUGAAAGAACAUUAAAAACCCAGGCUGUGAAUAAAUUGGCUGAAAUCAUGAAUCGGAAGGGUCCAGUCAAACGUGGAGCUGACACUGAUGUACGGCGGAAAGAAAAGGAAAAUAGGAAGCUGCAUAUGGAACUGAAGUCUGAACGAGAAAAGUUAACCCAGAUGAUGAUCAAAUAUCAGAAGGAAAUAAAUGAAAUGCAGGCACAAAUAGCAGAAGAGAGUCAGAUACGGAUUGAACUGCAGAUGACUCUGGACAGCAAAGACAGUGACAUUGAACAGCUUCGUUCCCAGCUGCAGUCACUGCACAUUGGGCUGGACAACAGUAGCAUAGGCAGUGGACCUGGAGAGGCUGAGGCGGAUGAUGGAUUCCCUGUCCAUAUCACUCAGUCCCACACUAUGGAAUCCAUGUCCUUUACCUAUCAGCACUCUUCUACCUCUGUCAGUAUUGCCACUAAGCCUUCCAGUUCUCGCAUGCUUCUUGAUUCCGAUUCUGACUCAGAGGAAGAGCCUUUGUCUUGUUCCCACAGCCCUACAGAAGUUGAUAGCACAGAAUCAAGAUUGGAAGGCUGGCUAUCAAUGCCUGUUAGAAAUAACACAAAAAAAUUUGGAUGGGUUAAAAAGUAUGUAAUUGUAAGCAGCAAGAAGAUCCUGUUCUAUGACAGUGAACAAGAUAAAGAACAAUCUAAUCCCCAUAUGGUAUUGGAUAUAGACAAACUCUUCCAUGUCCGACCAGUCACUCAGACUGAUGUGUACAGAGCAGAUUCCAAGGAAAUUCCUAGGAUAUUCCAGAUCCUAUAUGCUAAUGAAGGAGAGAGCAAAAAGGAACAGGAAUUUCCUGUGGAGCCCAUGGGAGAGAAGUCAAAUUACAUUUGUCACAAAGGACAUGAGUUUAUACCUACUCUUUACCACUUCCCAACCAAUUGUGAAGCUUGCAUGAAGCCCCUGUGGCACAUGUUUAAACCUCCUCCUGCUCUGGAAUGUCGCCGCUGCCAUAUCAAAUGUCACAAAGAUCACAUGGAUAAAAAGGAAGAGAUUAUAGCGCCUUGCAAAGUAUACUAUGAUAUUUCUACGGCUAAGAAUCUACUACUGUUAGCUAAUUCUACGGAAGAACAGCAAAAAUGGGUGAGCCGACUGGUGAAAAAAAUACCCAAGAAGCCUCCAGCACCAGACCCCUUUGCUCGAUCUUCUCCCAGAACUUCCAUGAAGGUACAGCCAAACCAGUCCAUCAGACGACCAAGUCGACAGCUUCCUCCAAACAAACCAAGAUUACUUGAUCUGGCAUUUAAGGACUGGGAUUGGUCCUUUGAUGAUGUUGAUGAUAUUGAUGGUGAUGAUGAUGAUGACGAUGUUUUUGAUUUCUGAAGAAGUAUAAGGGCUAACUGCUUUCCAUGAAUGCAGACACAGUCAAGGUGAUAAUUUUCUUCCCAUUACAGCAAGACUGAAACAUAUCCCAAAAUAUAUUAAAAAUAUAUAUUUUCCUGAGAGAUUGUGCUAUAUAUAUCAGAGGUUUACAUUUUUGCUGCAAUAUAAAUUACUAAUCUCUGAGGGUUUUCCUGUAUUCUCCCAAGUGACUGAUCGGUUGAGGAAUGGUUGGUAAAUAGUUAAAGGAUAUGUUAGGUAACCUUUUAAACUCUGUUCCACAAAAGCUUUCUUGGCAAGACACAUACACUACAUUUCAUAAAAGGAUCAAGAGGAAUGAGUAUUGAAAUGGAAGAAACUGACUUUUCAGCUUUCGUAAAGAUGCCACCAGCACGUCUGCACGUAGAACUGGAGGAAGAUCCACCAUAGUGAUAUAGACUGCAUCUGUGAGAAGUGACCAUUAAACUGUGUAAAUAUAUUGUACUGUAAUACUGCAAGAGGGGUUUAAAAAUCUUUCCACUUUAUUUUUUUAUGCUUAUUAAUCAGAUACCGUUACUUAUUGCAGUUGCAACUAUGCACUUGUAUAAAGCCAUAAUGUUGAAGUUUAUAUCAUUCAUACACAUCUAUCAGAAGCUGCAUGUCAGUGUUCAGCAGCUAGUAUAGAUUUGAAGUAUAUACUAGUUUCAGCUACAUCAUCAUGGGCAGUCCCUUUGUACCUGUCUAAUUGCCUUAAUUUAAAUUUUUUUCAAGUUUUUUUGCCCAUUCCUUCUAUUUAAGGAAAAAGAAAGUUUACCAGCUCUUAGGAUGCAGUUUUGCUUUGUGGCAGAAAAAAUAGUGCACUAUUUUUACACCUAUUAAGUAUAUCAGUGUCAACCUAUUUUGAAUGUAUAUCGACUGGUUUUAAGGGUGGAGAAGUGCUGGUUACAGAAACAACAUCUGAGAGCAUGGGACUUACCAGACCAUUUGCUUGUACAUGUAACUGCUCAUCCAGCCCUUUUUACAAACCUCAAUACUAGUUAUUGACUUAUAUUAACCCUCAUUAAGUGCUAUGAAACUUCAUUUUGCCUUGUUUUUGCAUACUCUCCUAGAUGUGUUUUGUUUUUUGUUUUUUGGGGUUUUUUUUUUUUUUUUUGUUUUGUUUUUUUUUUUUAUUAUUAUUUCUGGAAAAUAAAAGAAUCUGUGACUAUUUUUACAUUUCACAACACAAUAUCUGAGGACUGUCACAAACUUUAAGAAAAGUGAAACAUACUGUAGAUGUAUUUUAAAGUUUUAAUCUGGUUCUCUAGCACAUAGCUGUAGGCAUAGAUAAAUAAUUCAGUAGUGUGUUUUGAGAACUCAUAGCUGGGAAGAAAGGGCCUCAGAGGCACUUAUUCUGACUUUUUUUUUUAACUUGGAGUUGUACAAAAAAUAUAAUAUAUAUGGGCUCAUUCAUGAUGUGUUCAUAAUUAUCCCAGAAAAUGCAUGUUUUAUACAACUACAGUAUGUGAUGUUAAACAUAUUGACAGUAAAAAAUGUAGUCUCCUAUUUGGUCUCUUUAUAUAUAUAUAAAUAUAUAUAUAUAUUUAGAAUAUAUAUAUAUAUAUAAAAUAUUGUGUGGGAGUGCAGUAAUUUAAAAUAUGAUCUAACACUUCAAUGAAGGAGGACAUUUCACUUUAAAAUUUUGUUUGUUUGUUUUUGUUUUUUAAAGAGUGUUGAAAUGCUUGGAAGGAUAGGACCAUGUUUUAUUUAACACUAUCAUGAAAGGUGGACUUGGAAACACUGAAAUACUGAAAAUUAAUAAAUAUAUUUACAUUUUGUAACCUCUACUACAGUUCAGCUUAACAAAGCAAGAAUGUAUUCAGUCUUCUAUUUAUGUCCUCACAAAGUAAAAUGUUGCUUGUGAGUUCUUAAAUUCAAAACUAAAACUUUCAUAUCAUUUCUGUUAGGUAUUAUUACCCAGAGCACAGCUACAGUGGUUUUUCCCUGCUUGUUUUGAUUUACAGAAGUACGGUAUAUUUUUAGAUAAUGCAGAUUUGCAUAGAGUACAACAUUAAAAAUGUAUACAGUAAAACUGUUUCCAUUCACUGAAUUCAUAAAUAUUUUAUAUAUAUAUAUAAAAAAAUGUUACAUUGUGGGAAGUUCUAUCCUUUUCUGAAUUGGAGAAUAUUAUAUAUAUAUAUAUUUUUAAAUAAACUAUUUGAGUAAGGUAAAAUAGUUCUUGAACUUGAGAAGCUGGUAAUUAAUUGAAAUAUUUAAUUAUAAAGAUAAACUACUGCAGCAGAUAUGGGAAAGGCAAGGGCUGCGUAUAUGGAGAGAGAGCAGACUCCGAGGGAGCUGUUUGGCAGCUCCUCCACUGCUGGGCUGGAUCCUUUGCACUUUCUCUGCCUGGCUUGCCCUCGUUUGCUGUGGAUGCACGGGGCCGUGCUAAGCCUGACACUUCAGGAAAGGCACGGUGUGAUAGCGUUUGCUGUGCGCAGUGCACGAAUGCCGUGCUUGUACCAAUGGUGCUUAGCUGGACCUGCAGCAGGCUGUACUGGGAUGGGGCCGGGGAGCAGAACGGGCCUCGGGGGAGCAGGGGGGUCCUGUGCUCUGACCUCUGCCCAGGCAGAGCUGGCUUAGCACAGCUUCCCCAAGGCCACUGGGCUGAGGUGCACCAACCUCGCUCUGUACCCAGGACACAAAAGGCAGAGCUGCUCUUCUGUUCUUCUCCCUUAUCCUGCUGUGAAAUGCAGACACCUCUUUAAUGCUAGUUCCUGGACUUUGUGUUGUUUCCUUAUUGUCUAGUGGUGACCUUUUAAUAUUUUUGAGAGAAGGGCAUAUUCAUGAACUAAGGAGUAUUUGUCUUGAAAGUCACUGAUGUUUUAACAUUUUGUUUUUGUUACAGGCUUGUCCUAAGCAAACAGGACAUUUUUAUGGCCUGAAUGACUUACCUAUAGACAAUUCUCUCAUUGCAAGUCCUUUUGUCUCACAAGAGUAAACAAGUGGUAUAGCCAAGCUGCAGAUUAAUCUUCUGGAAAAACAAGGGGUCAGACUUGGAGCCAGAAGCUCAAGGCACUUGUACAGAAAUUGCUCCUUAGUUCCCAGUCCAGGAGCUCACCAGCACAGAAGGACAGGCAGAGCCCACUGGAAUUACCUUGUCAGGUGUCAAGAAGACUUUUCUGCAAUGUGAUUUCCACUUCUGUCCUAGCUGCGUGCUGCAAUUCCCUACCUCUUGUAGUCCCUGCCAAAGUGCAGCCGCUCCCAGCAACCCAGCACCAAAUCUGCUUUUAACUAGAGGAAAACUAUGGUGGUUCUUGUGCUUCUGAGCACGGCUGAUGCUGUAACCAAAAACAUGACAUGGAAUCACAGUAGGAUGUAGGACUUGGAAACAUGCAAGAGGCUCAAGGAUCUUAGCAGUGGCAGGGGCCAAAUUUAACACAUCGAUGAAAUUUCACUUACUUUCUCUUACUGCCUCUUGAAAACACUGAACUUCCUGCAUUCUGAGAGGCAUUCAGUCACUCUCUGAAGGCACCAAGGCCAGGAAAGCUGCCACUGAAAUUAUGUGCUUUUUCUCUUUAGUUUCUAAUGUCAAGUGAGAUCAUUAGAAAUUUGAGCCUUUCUGUUUGUAAUCUUACAAUGUAUUAGUUUCCCAUCUAGCUUUGAGAGAAUCAUCCUAAGAAGAGAAUUACAUCUUUUGGUCCCAAGUGCCUUUACCCAUCCUGUGCUUGUGAGGUUGUAUUUGGGAUGCUGCUGUGAAAAGGGGAAACUUACAUGAAAGCAAACUUCUUACCUGCAUUGCUCAUACAAACCCUUAAUCACCUCCUUAUUCUGUUUUGUAGGCAGAAGAACAAACAGUACAAGGUCCAGUUCAGUGAACUGGAGUAUUUCAGUCUCCUCCACAUUCCUGGAUAGUUUGCCUUGACAUUCAUGUUAAAAUAAUGAUUAAUUUAUUUUGUCAUGUAAUCAUAGAGUAUAUCAAGUUGGAAGGGACCUAUAAGGAUCAUCUAGUCCAACUUUCUGCUCCUCACAGAACUACCUAAAACUAAACCAUGUGACUAAAAGCAUGAUCUAGACACUCCUUGACCACCUCUGACAGGCUUGGUGCCUUUUUCAGUGCAUUACAGUUUUUUACAAAUGAUCAUCUCUGCACAUAGUACACUUUAAAUUGAAAACAUUAUUUCUUAUUUUUUAAGAUAAUCUUCUGAAUCAUUUAGGUUUCUAUCAGAAUUCCAAGGAUCAUAGGGUUUCCCUGCUGCUUUGAAGUAUCCCUCAUGAGGGUAGGAAGGAUUUUUUUUUUCUAAUCUCUAUAAAAGAUGUUGAUGGAGUGGUUCUGAAAAUACAAUUUGUGUUCAGUGUUGAAGUUGCCUAAAAAUUGGACAGGUGUAUAUAUUCAGACAUUCUCAUCUGAGAAAUUAGACAAGUCUACUGCAAUGUGUGUGGCAGAGAAGAACACUCAAAACAUCCAGCUUAGUUCUCCCAAGAAACUAUUGCAGUGGAUGGAAAAGCUAUUGCUGUAGAAACAUAGCUCUUAAGAAGUGGGGAUGUAGAGAAAAUAAUGUGUUGGCACAGGGAUGCUAAUUACCAGGUCUUAUUAAUGAAAAUUGGAGUUUGGUAUCUGCCACUUUGUAGACAGGAAGCAGUGUUUUAUAAAGGUAAGAAAGCCACAUCUUGAUAUUGCAAGGGGGAAGCCUUGGAUUUGACUGCAGCUGCUUUUGCUCCAAUAAUUUUGUAGAAGCUGUAAGAUUAAAGUGAUCUUUCAAAAUGAAAGUCAUGGUGAAAGAUCAUGAAAUUUCAGUUAUAAGUGUAUGUAGUCCUGAUACCUUAAAGAACUCUGGAAAGACACAUCACCCUGAAAAGAAAGGGCAGGGAGUCCAAUAAUGCCAUGUCCCUGCAGCCCUUACUUGUUGGAGGAGCUGCACAGAAAUGCUUCCACAGCCAAGACAACUGCAUGGGAUGCUUCAGUCCUACCACUUCAUUUUAAGGUCGAGGCCUUCAGUGUUUGUUCAGAGAUGUGUGCCUGCUUCUAUGCAUAGUCUUAUAUUGUCCCUGUGGGCCUCAUGUCAUGUAGUUCUUGUCAUUUUUCAUUACUGUUUGGGGUGGUUUUUGCCCAGGAUGCUCUUGCACCACUUGAUAAGCAUGGCUAUCCAGCGAUAAGUACACCAGGCUUCUGAGAUCACAGCCAGUCCUCUUGUCCUUUGGAUCACCAACUGCUUAGACUUUGGACACUGAAUUGCCUUCAAUAUGUGCUACUUUUUAUUAACAAGUUAAAUGGUAGAUACUUUUUUUGGAGUUAUCUGAGAUAUUAAAUCCCUUAAUCUUUUUAGGACUGAAGGAGCUGGGUACCCCACCUGAGCUCUGAGCCCUGUUUCAUAUUGGCUCGCCUUGCACUGUCUCUCACCUCAGCUGCUCCAUUUUCUGCUGGGCUCUUGGAGCAGGUCUUACAGCUGGGUGCAGGUCUGGCUGCAGCUUCAGGACUUGAAUCUGCUUGCUGGAUCCCAUGGUCUCUUGUGUGUGUGUGACGUUUUCCAGCAUAAUACAAUCCCUGUGUCCUGGGGGCCACUGAGACUCAGUAGGAUCUGUGUAGCCUUUAGUCCAAUCCAGAGCCAUGGCGGGAGGCUCCCCUGUCAGAUUUGUUCUAAACUACAGCAGUGGGAGUUGUAUUACUGAAAGGUGGGCAUUUGUGCCAACUAAAAAAAAAAACCAACAAGGCUGAGAGAGUAAAGUACCCACAAGCUCAGAGAGUCCAUGAGGACUGUAAGUUGUGCUGACAGUGCAAUUCACGGGGGGGAAAAAAAAUAAAUCUCAAGUCAGACUCUUGAAAGACUACUCUACAGGAUCUGUAUAUAGUCAGCUGUUCAAAGGUAAAAAAAUUUCUCUCCAGUAAUUAUUUAAAAUAUGUUUUAUAGAAGCUCAAUUAGUGCUACAUUAGGAUUUACCUGAUAGAGGCAACACUGAGGCAUAGGAUGUGUGUUAUUCCAUUUAUGAUUUUCAUAUAGUAUGAGUCUUGGUACUGCUGGCCAAAGCCUUCCCAUUCCAAAGCAGAAAUCUUGUACAUUCCAGAGCAGUGACUUGCAAUUAUAGUAAGGUGGUAAAUAGAAUUGAUUUUCAGCAUGGAGCCAUGUUACUACAGAGUUUGAAUCAGAAUUAUCAUUAGCCAAUUUAACUUGUCACAUUUUAGGCUGGUGCAGGUUCUGUCCUUUACAUCAUUUUCCAGAACACUUGACAACUUGACAGAUAAAACAAGGUGUCUGCCCUGUGAGUCAGUGAUACCACAUAAUGCACAGAGGUACCUGUUUAGGCUUCUGACAAUUUAAGAAAGUUGUAAGAUGAAAUAAUGAAACAAAAUAGGGUAUGAACAAAAUUGUGACAAUUAUUUAAAACUGUUCUUCAGGUAUCCAAAAUUAAAUUUCAUCAAAACUAUGAUGUAAAAAUAUCUUAUUUUACCCCUGACCCAAAGAUUGAAUUUUUUUCCAAGACAGAGAUGGUUGCCCCAAACUGCUGCCCAUGUAGAAUGGAAUAGCUGACACCUUUAACUUGAAAAUGUCUGUAUGUCUCUCUUGCCAUUAGGCCCGAAACACCUGAGGUCCAUCAGGACUCAGGUCUGUGAGGCUGGCAGGGUCUUGUAAUCGGAUCCAUAACAAGUGAUGAUCUGUCAGAUUCUUACAGUGACGUUCUCUGUGGCUCCCAGGCACCUGUCUGACAUCAACAGUUGUCAUCACCGAGAACUCUGAAGUGUCCUGGAGAACCCUGGCUCAAAAUCCAGCAAAUGAAAUUUAGUGCAAACCAAGAACUUUAGAACAUCCUAUUUUAAGAUUUUUUUUCAGCUUCCUCACCUUCAAAAGUGAGACAUCCUUAGGCCCUUAUUGUGAAGGUGACAUUUCAUGUUCUGCUUCGUACAUAAAUAUGAAUUUCAAGUAUGGAAGAAUUUGGAAGAGAGUGGAAAAAACAGUCUGAAGAGAUAUUUGGAGGGAAGUCAUUAUUAUUUAUCAUCAGGGAAAAUACAUGGCUGGGAAACUACCUCAUUUCAGUUAUCUCCACAUCUGUGGAGUUUUUAAUUUAUAAUAGUUCUUUGUGUGGACUCCACUGUUAUUUCCUUUUUUUAUUUUCCCCUUAUUACAUAUGUCACUAAAUGGAUGAUUGUUUGGUGGAGGAAGAGUAAUUUUACCUCAUUUAAAGAAGUAAGUGAAGGUGUUCUACAAGAUUGGCGCCAUUCAGCUAAUUCUGAAUUACUUUCUCCAGAGUCAACCUGCACUAAAAUCCAGCUCUCAAUCUGCAGCAGUUGGGGGCUGUCACUGCCUCCCCACCCCACUCCGUUCUCUCGUGGUUCAGUAGAUCAGGUGAGCAGAGCCAGGAUCGGGAGCAGCCACGUGCACAGUGUAGACAGGCUCAGGGGUCAGGCAGGGACAGGGACUCCUGAGCAGUCCCAGCAGUCGCAUCCCCUGCUGGAUUGGAGCAGCACAAGGAAAGACGGCUGUGUCCGCUUUGCACAGAAUGCCCAGUGCUAAGGGAGGCCAUAGGGUGGGGAGAGGAUGGUUCUGCAUUUGUGUUCAGUGCUCUGUUCACUGAGGGCAGGGCAGAAAAAAUAAACUAUACUCAUCUUCCACUGUCCACAUCCAUGUCCAGACCUGCAGCCUGCUGUCCCUGGACUCAUCCUCAUCCUUUCCAUAGCGAAUCUCAUGGUAAAUGUUUUCUCUCUCAUACAGCUGAGUGAGCUUCUCGCUUACCUGCUGCCAAAUCGAGUCACAGUUCAUCACAGCCGCUGCUGGAGGUACUUGGGGUUAUUUAGUGGACUGUACUGGUACUCAGAGCUUGUCUUCUCACUGACAAGAAGACUCAAAGUUUUUGAAAGCCCCAGCAAGACACACUUUGUCAGCCAGGGCAGGACAGGGUGUGUUACCUUGUGAGCAUGUUGUGAACUGGUACAAUUAGACACCGAGUGUGUAAUUCCACACCUAUACAGCAUCUGUGAAUGGAGUUGGAUUAGUUACAGCUCUGUGGACAAGAGCUGCUUACUUGCUUACACCUUCUGCCAUAAAUCCAAGAUGCUUUCCCUGCUUGCUUUUGCCCUGCUGCUGCAUUACACAGCAAAUGACCUCCCUGUUUCCACCCCGAUACUGGUGAAUGAGAGUUUAACAAGAUUUAUCCUGCCUAUGUAUUUGUCUAAAGCUGUUGCCUUUAAUCCAGCCACUGAGAAGAUUAUUCUUUACCUACUGGAAAACACAGUGUCUGCGCUUUCAUGGGGCUUGCCUGGAAUUUGAAUGUGCCUCUGUUUAUGAAAGUGAAAGAAGUUACUCUCUGAGAGAGGAAAAAGUGUGUAAAACUAUUUACUGCUAGUUCCUGAUUUGUUCCAUAUCUCUUGCAGCUUGAAUGAGAACUCAUGGUCCAGCUUUCCAAGUCCACAAAAUUACUUUACCUUAAGUUCAUUAAUUACACACCUUUAUUUGUUUUCCUCAAUCUUUUUUUCCCACAGGUUUCUAAGGUGAUUUAUUAAAAUGCAUUAAGUAACCUAUUAAAAACUGUUCUUAAAUGCAUUUUCAGUAUUUUAUGAUAAAAAACCAUCUUGAGGUGCUGAUUCUCAAACCAAAAAUGGAGCAGCUUCAUCUUGCUACAGCAUCAUUCAGGAGUGUGAAAGAUAUCAAUAACAGAGAGGGUUUGGAUUCAAUACAAAUCUUUCUCUAUCAAGAAAAGGCUUUAAUUAACAAGCAAGUGUGUUUUUUUCAUUUUAAGAUGCUGGAGCUCUGUAGCAUUUGGCAGGUCAAUAUUCAGCCUGAUGCUUCAAGUGUUAAGGUGAAAGCUGCCCAUUUAUGACCUGUAAUGAAUAUUUCAUUUUCUCUCCAUAUAUGGAAACAAUAAAAACUCAAAUGCAAUGAAAAUUAACUGUAAGAAUGACACUAUCAACCUUGAAGAAUAACAUUUAUUCGUAUCACCUGGAAAAUGUAUCACAUGCCACCUACCACUGUUUAGACCACUUCAGAUACUUUACACAGCUUUAAUAAAAUCAGAAUGUUUACAAUGAAUCUUUCAACCAACACAGAAAGAUUUAGACUUUUUAUUGGAGCAGUAAAAAAAAUCUCAUCUUUGACUUGCUCUCAGUAACGUGGGAUACAUGAAAUCAAUUCCCACAGACACAUCUUUUCCCAGCCCUUCCCCCUAAAAUUUAGAGUAUGAAGCAGCUGUUUUCUGAUGGUGAAUGCUCCAAUUGCUGCGUGCUCACUGGCAGGAACAUCUGCUUUCCAGAUCCCUUUGCUCCAGAGCAGUCACACAGUUUAGAAUGUUGCGACGAAAACCUGCCUCAAAUGAAGUCAAUGCAGUCUUCCCAUAGUUUUCAAGGGUGUUGGGAUCAAGGGUGCCUAGGUUUUUACAUGCCAAUCACAGAAUACUGUAAGAACUCUUGGAAUGUUGUAUAUUUUAAUUUUGGGGAAUGUAAUGAUAAAUGAAGGCAAGCUAUAUGAUUACUAAUGUAACUUUUGGUUGUGAAGGCAGUACUUCUAAAACCAAAAUCCUCUGUUAAUAGUUGUCAAGAAUAUCUUUUCCCCCUUUUUACUCUUAGUACUACAAAUUGACUAGAAUUUCUGAAGUAAAAGUUUAAGUGAAGUCUAUGUUCUUCAACACACUUAGCACUGACAGGCCAAAAAUUCGUGAACCACAGAGCACUAUCACCAAAACCUGACAACCACAGGAGAUCAGUCUGCUGAGAUGCAUCAAGGUGCACAUGUCACUGUCAGUAUGAAUGGUGUUUGGAAAUUCUGGGUAUCAUUCCAGGAACUUCUGCUUGAACAGCAUUUUUAACUGUUGGCCACAGUUUCAUUAAUUCCCAUACAUUGUAGUCCCUGCUGUUCUCAAAACAGUAUGUUCAGUGAAUGAGAGCUCAGGUUACGAAAAAUAAUUCGUAGUUGAGUUUUUGCUCUCUUAUCCAAUAAAAAACUGGGUAUACUGAGGAAAGUGACUAUGGGUAUCCUGUAUCAGCUGUAUAAAUUGUACUAUUUUAGUGUUGCAUGUAAGUGCUACAAUCCCAACUGGAUUUGUGAUUUAGUAAUUAGAACCUUAUUCUGGAUUGGGCCUUGACUGAGAUUUUCUUCAUCCUAAAAUACAGACAGUUAAUGUUGAACUAAUUCAGUUGCUUGCAAGAAGAAGACAAACUUCUGUUGUGAUUUUUUAGUCUUGCAGCAGGACAAGUCAGUAUGUUGGUGCAAAAUUGAUCAUGUAUAAUUGACAAAAAUUGCUUAUAUGUAACCAGAAAGUACUGAAGUGAUACCAGAAUAUAUAUACAUCUAACUAUGAAAUACCUUGUAGUUAAAAAAAUCCAGAGAAAAUGUGAUAUCAGUGAAACUUGUCUGAAAUGACCAAUAAAAAUAUGCUGCUUAAA